AUGCGUUACACACACAGUGAUUUGAAAUGUUAUCCACAUCUGAUAACCACCACCUCCACUCCACCCCUCGGCCGGCGGUUGGACUGCCUGCCUGCCGGGUAUACAAGAAUCGCCUCCGUUGCUGCUUCGUGUCAUCCUGACGUGCCCGCGGCCACGUCAGAAACAUCGGGAAAAGCAGCAGCUGGACGCGACGAGUUACUCGCUGAAGUACAGAAGCCACGUGAGCCGAAUGAGUUGCGGUUCGAUCCCUCCGACAGCAAUCAACCUGACGGGAAACAACCACUGUCAGGCGUCGAUCAGCCCUCUCCUAACAAUCAACCGUCUGCCGUCGAUCAACCGUCCGCCGGAGACCAGUUAGUUGCCGCAGUAGCCGGUUCUUCUCGCCUUCCAGUCGCAGACCCUUCGCCUGUAAACAGCACAACGGCAUUCCUAUCAGACCUCACUACCUCAAACUCUAACUCAGGCACAGCAGUCCUCGAGGCGCCAAAAGAGUCAUUCUCAGCAGAUUCAGGCGUCACUUCAUCCACACAGGCGUCACCCCGGGAUUCGGUUCUGGCAUUGCGAUCGUCCCAUGAUCCCAGUGUCGGAUCUCCUCCUCCCACCAAUCCUCCUACCGAACCUCCCAUCGAUCAUCAACCUACCAAACCUCCUUCCGAUCCUCCUCCCACCGAACCUGCAACAGAACCUCCUACCAACUCUUCCACCAAACCUCCUCUCAAACCUCCUACACAACCUCUUACGAGUCCUCCUACCAACCUUCCUGCCGAACCUCCUCCAUCCGAACCUGCACCAAGCCUCUGGACCCGCAUCCCAGGCUCCCAGCUAGAUUCCCCCGAGAAGAUCCUAUCCUUUCGAGAGAGAUUCGAUUGCAUAGGCCGCGAGGGCAAAUGGUCCAGCUUCGUCUCACCACGACUGCUGCCAUGGCCGGACGAGAUGAGCAAAUGCGACGAGUACCACCUAGGAAAGCACUCGCGGAACGUGGCGUUGCAAGACGCGGAUCGGAUGGUGGGACAGUUUCAGGAGGUUGCGAGUCAAGUAGAGGAGAUUAUUGGGAGAGGAGACGUGAUUCCUGUGCAACAGGUUAGCCAGCUGAAGAAGCUGAAGCGACGGAAGGAUGUUCUUACGCGUCAGUGGGCCGUAAGGGAUUCUCUAAAGUACUUCUGGAAGGUUUCUGGAAGCGACGCAGAGGGGCAGGAUGGGGUAGCAUCAGGAGCUACCAACGGGAGCAGAUGCGGUGCACCUUGGAAUCCGUUCUCCCCGGAAAAGUUCUGCGAAAUCAUGGAUAAGAAAACCAUGCUUAUAGUGGGUGACUCUUUGAACCUGCUUUUAGCCGACGCCAUCCGAUUCAACGUAAGACUAGGCGCCGAGGACCAGAACUCUCGCGCCCGAUGGGGCGAGCCGACAGGGUAUUGCGAGCGGUAUCGAAACGCGACCAAGAAUAAAGACCCGCGCUGCUGGACCCUUGAUCUCUGCGCUGAUCUCGGCUUCUCCGUGCGAAUUCUCUUCGUCCGUGACUAUUACCUCAACUCCACGGAAGACGUGAACGACUUCCUGCUGGAUAAGACCUUCGACGAGUCGUGGAUGGACGAGAUCGCACCGCAGAACGUAUCGAUAGUUGUGAUGAACCGGGGGGCUCACUACAUUGAAGAUGACCGGUUUGAGCGGCAAUUGCAGUCCACUCUGGUGGCCCUCCGGAAGGCCUACCCUGAGCUGCUCAUUAUCGCCCGAAACACCCCCGCCGGCCACCCGCAGUGCUGGCUGCACCGAAAGCCGCUUUCCAAGAAGCUUCUGGCGCUGCCGCAUGAUGAUUGGCACUGGGACGGGUUUGCGGCGCAGAAUGGGAUUGUGAAGCGGUUGGUGGAGGGCGUGGGGGGGGUGUACAUGGAUGUGAAUGCGUCGACCGUGUGGCGACCCGAUGGGCAUGUGGGGCGCUGGGACUGCCUUCAUUAUUGUCACCCGGGACCCGUGGACACGUGGGUGCAGCUGCUCUUUAAUCUGCUGCUGGGGCUGCUCGUGCCGACUGGCUGA